AUGUUCAGGACUUUCCAAGGAGAACAGUUCCCAGGGACCUGCACAGGACCCUGUUCUCCCACGCAGCAUUGGAGUUUCCACACCAGAGAAAAACCCUUUACCUGCAAUAAAUGUGGGGAGAGUUUCCAGGACCGGUCACAUCUCAUCCAGCACCAGCGGGUGCACACAGGGGAGCAACUCUAUGAGUGUUCUGAGUGUGGGAAGAGCUUCACCGUGAGCUCGAAGCUAAUCCAGCACCAGGUAACCCACGUCAGGGAGAAGCCCCACAUGUGUGCCCAGUGCGGGAAGGGCUUCUCUAAGAACUCUCAGCUUAUCCUGCACCAGCGGGUCCACACUGGGGAGAAACCCUACGAGUGCAGGACCUGUGGGAAGAGCUUCAGCGUGACCUCAUCCCUGAUGCGACACAAGCGGGUGCACACUGGGGAGAAACCCUACGAGUGCAGGACCUGCGGGAAGAGCUUCAGCGUGAGCUCAAAACUGAUCCAGCACCAGGUAACCCACACUGGGGAGAAGUCCUACAAGUGUUCUGAGUGCGGGAAGAGCUUCUCCAACACCUCACAGCUUGUCCUGCACCAGCGGGUGCACACCGGUGAGAAACCCUAUGAGUGCUCCGAUUGCGGAAAGAGCUUCAGUGUGAGCUCGAAGCUCAUCCAGCACCAGGUAACCCACACUGGGGAGAAGCCUUACAAGUGUUCCAAGUGCGGGAAGACGUUCUCCGAGAACUCGAAGCUCGUCCUUCACCAGCGGGUGCACACCGGGGAGAAACCCUACAAGUGUGGGACCUGUGGGAAGAACUUCAGCAUGAGAUCAGCAGUGACACAACACCAGCGGGUACACACUGGGGAGAAACCGUUUGAGUGCAGCACCUGCGGGAAGAGCUUCAGCAGUAGCUCGAAUCUUAUCCAGCACCAGCAGGUGCACGGUGGGGAGAAGCCCUACAAGUGUACAGAGUGUGGGAAGAGCUUCAGUGUGGGGUCAGCCCUGACACGACACGAGCGGGUCCACACUGGAGAGCGCCCCUUUAAGUGCACCGAGUGUGGGAAGAGAUUCCUGUGGAGGUCAACCCUGCUCCGGCAUCAACGUGUUCACACCGGAGAGAGGCCCUACGUCUGCACCUACUGCGGGGACAGCUUUCGGCAGAGUACCAACCUCAUCCGGCACCAGCACAUCCACACUGGGGUGCAUCCCUAUGUCUGUGCCGAGUGCGGGAAGGGCUUCAAAGAGAGCUCAGACCUCUUCCGUCACCACCAGACCCACAGAGGGCUGGGACCGGGUGACCCCCAGGGUCGGCUCCCAUGGCUGGUGCCGCUCGCAAUGGCCACGCGCAAUAAACGUUCGUUGAGCGUCGCCGCGUUGCCUUCCCCGAGUGCGCCUGCGUGGGGCUUGCGCCACCGUCUGCGGGGCGGGUCCUCACGCCUCGCUCGGAGGUCGCCAUUGGCCGAGGCGAGGCGAAAGGAGGCGGGGCCGGGGACUUAG